GAACUUGGCGUUAGCGGUUGCAGCGGUCAGUUUUCUGUGUAGCGCUGGACUCGCAGGGCUCAUCAUGGCACCACUUGGACUAAAAGCAAUUGUUGGAGAGAAGAUAAUGAAUAAUGUCAUCAAGAAGGCAAGAGAGAAAGGAAAAUGGAAGGUACUGGUGGUAGACAAGCUGAGUAUGAGGAUGGUUUCCUCCUGCUGUAAAAUGACAGACAUCAUGUCAGAGGGAAUCACCAUUGUAGAGGACAUAACCAAGCGGCGUGAGCCAUUACCCAGCAUGGAGGCCAUCUACCUGAUCACACCCUCAGAUGAGUCUGUUGAAGGGUUGAUUGAUGACUUCAGAGACCCGCAGGCUCCGAGGUACCGAGCAGCUCAUGUCUUCUUCACUGACACGAUCCCAGACUCGUUGUUCGGACUGUUGACCAAAUCCCGCGCCUCCAAAGCCAUGAAGGCCUUGACCGAGAUCCACAUCGCCUUUCUGCCCUAUGAAUCUCAGGUCUUCUCCCUGGAUAAAGUGGAUGCCUUUCAGGACUUCUACAGCCCCUUCAAGGCUGAUGUGAAGAAUAACAUGCUGGAACGUUGUGCUGAGCAGAUCGCCACCCUCUGUGCCACUCUCAAAGAGUAUCCUGGAGUCCGAUACAGAGGGGAGUACAAAGACUGUGCAGUUCUGGCCCAGAUGCUCCAGGAGAAGCUGGAUGGUUACAAGGCUGAUGACCCCUCUAUGGGAGAGGGUCCGGACAAGUCUCGUACUCAGCUGCUCAUUCUGGAUCGUGGCUUUGAUCCUGUGUCUCCCCUGCUGCAUGAGCUCACUCUGCAGGCUAUGGCCUAUGACCUGCUGGGCAUCGAGAAUGACGUCUACAGUUUUGAGACCAGUGGGAUGGGAGAGAAGAGAACGAAGGAGGUUGUGCUGGAUGAGGAUGACGACCUGUGGCUGACUCUGAGACACAAACACAUUGCGGAGGUGUCAACGGCUGUGACUCGUUCCCUGAAAGAAUUCUCUGCCAGCAAAAAGAUGAACACCGGAGAAAAGACCACCAUGAAAGAGCUGUCUCAGAUGCUGAAGAAGAUGCCACAGUAUCAGAAAGAGCUCAGCAAGUAUUCAACCCAUCUCCACCUGGCUGAGGACUGUAUGAACCGCUACCAGGGCACCGUGGAUAAACUCUGUCGUGUAGAACAAGACCUGGCAAUGGGCAUGGAUGCAGAGGGAGAGAAAAUCAAGGAUCCCAUGAGACUCAUUGUACCCGUUCUGCUGGAUGCCAAUGUCAUCGUGCCUGACAAGAUCCGAAUCAUCCUGCUCUACAUCUUUCUUAAGAACGGUGUGACUGAGGAGAACCUGUGUAAGCUCCUUCAGCAUGCCAGCAUCCCACCAGAGGACAGUGACAUCAUUUCCAACAUGGCCCAUAUGGGCGUUCCCAUUGUCUCUGAGGGCACCACUAAGAAAACCAAGAAGCCUGAUCGUAAGGAGCGAGUCAGUGAGCAGACCUACCAGCUCUCCAGAUGGACUCCUCUCGUAAAAGAUCUCAUUGAGGAUGCCAUUGAGGACAAACUUGACCCCAAACAGUACCCGUACAUUUCUCAGCGACAAGUAUCUGCCAAAGCCAGCGCUCCAUCAAGUGCUCGCUAUGGUAACUGGCACAAGAACAGGGGCCCCACAGAGAUGAAGACAGGGCCCAGGAUCAUCGUCUUUAUUAUUGGAGGUGUGACAUACAGCGAGAUGCGGUGUGUGUAUGAGGUCACCCAGGCCAAUGGCAAGUGGGAGGCCCUGAUUGGUUCCACCCACAUUCUCACGCCACCUAAGUACCUAAAGGAGCUACAGCACCCAGACUUCCUGGACCCCAGCGCGGCACCAGAGGGCACAGAAGAGCCACCUGCAAAUUGAAAAGAUGUUUGGAAGGUCAAGUGAAAUCUUCACCCCUUCUCGCCUUCUAAAAGCCCUCAAAGACUUGGAGAAAGAAGAGCAGACCAGUUAAGAGGCUCCUGUAGUGCUUCCUCCUCAGUUCUCAUACAGCAGUAACACCAAACUGACUCCUCCCUCCAACCCUCCCUGGCAUGACACAUUAAAUAUACAUUUGAUCUUGUAUGUAAUUCAGUUGUUGUCAACUCAUAAACCAAAUUGUGUUUUAAGUCACAUUUUCGCUUGUUGAAUUUCAUGAGUGUGUUGAUGUUGAUCAAAAUUUAUUGGAAGAAAUUGGAUUUGUGUUGAAUGUUGUCUUCUGUAUUUUGUGGGAUGUUUAUUUCUUUAGAAAAGUGAUGUAUGUGAAUUAGUUUAUAUGACUGAAAGAGAUUCAGGGAUUAUGGGCUAUAAACUCAAACUGGUUAAAGAGUAUAGUGGCAUAGUUUUUCCACAACUUUACACUUAAAAUGGAACAAAAUGGUCUUUUUAUUGAAGACUCCUGGUUUUGACACAUUGUCUGUGUAUCCACUUCUAUAGCUUUCUUAUCUCAACCAGUACACAACCUUCUUCUUUUAUUUUGUUGGAACAUGCUUGUUUUUAAUGUAGUGCUUUCCAUACUGUAGCAACCAUGCUAUAUUGUACAAAUCAUCAGAUUUACAGUGAUGUGUCUGACCUUGGAAAUGCCAACAUAAAGCCACAUGGUAAUUUUAGAUGUAGCAUUUUGAAAAACAAAUAAAGAGUAUAGUUGGAUUGUCUCUUGUGCAUUAUCUCAGUGUUCAGUAGUCUUUUUGGCAGUGUGCUUUUUAGAGAUUCAGCUUCCUUUUGGUUCCCUGUGUUGGACCAUCAUAUUGUCAUUGGUUAUUAUUAUACUGUGAUUCUCUGUAACUAGUAAUCCACUGUGUAUGAAGAAAGAUGUCAGUAUUAUGACAAGUGCUGUGCUUUUAUGUCCACAUCCACAAACAGUUUGCUGCAGGAUGUGUUUUAAGCUAAUAAAAUGGCUUCCAUCAAGCUCUUAA